UAGUCCCGCCCAGUCCAUAUUUAAACGCGUCAAUGUCAGCUGAACCUCAGACUUCACGAGAGCUUGAUCUUGGCGAGCGCGUGCGCACCCGUGGGAAAAUUCUCAAGACCAUUUUGCGCGUGGCACUAGACCUAAACCUGAGAUAAAGUUGAAACACCACAGUACCUUGGAGUUGGAGUUUUGGUCCAACUUGGAAGUUUCAGUAGUUGGAAAUUUAAUACUGUCCAGGUGCAUUGGAAGCCCCCUCCUGACCAAGGGGGCGUGAGAACAUUAUUCGCCCACGAUGAGAGCACUUUUCCCGGUUUUUGUGUAUUGCAUCAGCCUACUCUCCUCACAACUGUUGGCACUACCGGUGAGAAACAGGUUGGACUUCAUGGCAAGACUCCAUCAGCUAAGAGAGGAAGGCCCCAUCUCUCCAGAUGUGCGUCCAAACACUGACCACGGCGUCUCCAUCGACCGCACCAUUCUGUGGAGGGCCAUCCUCUCUAGACCACCACCUCCAGACCCACUCUACGCAGGUCAGCCAGCAGCAGGAGAGCCCAGCGAAACGGGUGAAAUCCCCAAGAAGAGAGGUCGUCGUAACGUGCAUUCACGAGGCCACCACAACCAUCACCACGCCCAGCUGAUGCGCGUCGGAUGCGUCCUCGGUACCUGCCAGGUACAAAACCUCAGUCACCGCCUCUACCAGCUGGCCGGCCAAAGCGGACGCGAAGACUCCCCCAUUAACCCACGCAGUCCACACAGCUACGGAUGAGUCUAGUGAGACAUCCGGCUAAAACUAAGACCAAGAAAACAGCGUUACACAUAUCUGUCCUGGUGUUUGUCUAUUUUAUUGCGAUACUGCUGUAGUACUCUUUCCUGCUCUCUGGUUUUCUGGAGUGUAUACUGUGCCUUUUUGGACAGAAAGGACCUCUUGUUACUUGAUGGCAACUUUUGAACUCUGUGCCUCUGAAACACUUUGACUCUGGCCUCUCAUUUUAUGGUACUCAAACAGAUUCUUUAUUUUGAUAUUGUCAUUAAGUCUCCAGAUAAGAGAUUAUUCCGGGUUAUGCCGCAUUACAUCCAGACUCAUCUAAGGCUGUUUACUUCUACACCACUGAUCAAACCGGCUGAGCCUUUAAUGUGGAUUUCAUCAAGGUGUGUCGGAUUUCUGUCAGUCUGAGGGCCGUGUGUUCGAAAAGACUCUGAACUCUCCCACCUCUUCAGUGCACUUUUAAGAAGAAAGCAGACUUUCUCCGAUGGCUUCGGAGGUUGUUUAAGACCACCUCACAUGAAUAGUUACUGCAAGUUUGGGCUUAAACCUUGGGUUUUAGACAAUGGCGAAUUGUGAAUUUACAAACACAGUGGUCUCUUGAUUGAACCCGCAAACAAUAUAGUAGCAAUCGCAGCUGAAUCCGGAUUAACACAUUGUUGUUUUACCAUCCACUUUGAGGUCUGGCGCCUGAAAUAUUACACUUCACGUGAUUCAUAAAGUCACGAGAAUGAGUUAUAAUCUCCAAGGUCUCAGUUUCCACUUUGACAGAAUCCUGCUGGGCUUUGCCACAUUUCAUAAACAGAAGCAAGACUUUUCAGAGCAUUCUUAAAUGAUGGCUAUAACUCACCCAUAAAUACCCAUAACCAAGGUUACAGCUCCAUAACAGAGGCCAAAAAACUAGCUGAAUGGCUAUUUGAAAACCAUUUGUCCCAUCUUGAUUGACGAUUUACUCACCCUCAUGUCGUUCCAAACCUGUAUGACUUUUUCAUUCUCCUCAGAUAUUUUGACAAAUGUCUCGCUUUUGUCCAUACAAUGCAAGUCAAAGCGAUCCAAUGUUGGUUUUGGACCCCAUUGACUUGCAUUGUAUAGACAAAAAAGUAUUCUUAGUAAAUUACACAAUUCUUAAUAGCAUAAAUGCCCUCAAAAAUACUCUCAACACACAUUGACUGGCAUCCUUUAAGUAAUUCACCAGAUCAUUCUUGUAACUCUAAUUAAAGAUUCUAGUUAUACCAAAAUAUGAGGUGCUUGCAUGCCAAAGUCUUUCGGGAACAUGGCCUUUCAAAAACACUCUCCAUCCGUGUCAUGUAUUUUAAGAAUUCCCUUUUGUUAUAAUAAUCAUGUCUGAAUACGUGGGUGGAUACACACCAAAAAUACCCAGCAGACACAGGAAAAGUAGCUGUAAAAACCGACCGAUUUAAAACUUUUAGAAACUUUCCCUGGCUUUUGGGGGUCUCUGGAUGUCAGGGGAAUGCUGUGAGACAUCAAAGUGCAUGUCUGAGGAUUAAAAUAGCAGAAGUAAUCCUAAAAGUCCCACUUAAACAUCAAAUACUCAAUUUCUGCAGGGUGUCCAGGCCAAACUUUUAGAAAGCAUUAGGUUUUCCCACUAUGUGUUGUAUGUUAUAGGACAACUUGCUUUCAAAUCACUCCAGAAAGGCAGAGAACCGACCAAAAAACCUGAAUUUACUUGAUACCUUUCUGUGCAUUCAGUCUAUACUGUUAUAAUCUUUACAUAGGCUUGAAUUUCAAUUGGAUUUGAUGGUGUUGAUAACUGUAAAAGUCUUUCUCUUUGUCAUGGCUGAUUCUAACGAUGAUGAUCAUAGGAAAUAGUAAUAAUCGCUGGUGCUUUGGCGCUAAUCUGCUCAAAGGCUCUCUAUAUAUCCGACACCAUUCUCUCUGCUGUAAUCGAUUAAUGUCUCGUGACUGAUCAUUAAAAGGCUUUUAAACUGCUGAGAGCCUGGUUAAUCUGUACUUUUUGUGCACAUGCACAGGGAGAGCCUCUUUACCUGCCUUAUGUUGACAUAUAUUGAUCACAUUCCUUUUUUUUUUUGACUAUUUAACUAUCUAUUUAUUUAUUGUCGGAUGAGUUGUUGUGAACGUCUUGGUGACAUGGGUUGGAACAUAACAAGUGCGUCAGUAUCUGGCCCUGAUCGUUUUCUGUAUGCGUGUGUUUUUGUGUGCUGUCCCUGUGUAUUGCGUAUUUUCAUGACCUUUGUCCCACUUUAAAGUUUUACUUGGUUCAUUAAGAAUAAUACAAGCAUUAGCUUUCACGCUAAUUUGGAUGAGCACUGGACACGGACUGUCUUCGUGAUGAAGGAAUACAAAGAACAUUAUGAAUCUGUGACUUUUAAAGACGUGUGUGUGUUUGUGUGUGUGUGAACGUCAUCCUGACCAUGAGCAUAACCUUAAAUGUUUUAGUUGAUAUUAAAGGUCAGUUGUGUUGUUACUACCAUGCGAAGCACUUUAAAGCAGGAGCAUGUUUCUAUGUUUGUCACUUGAACUUCAGAUUUGUGAGAUUUGUGUUAUGAGCAGGAUCUGAAUGUAUUUUAAAGGGCGUUAGCACACUGAAUUAGGACUGAGGUCAGUAUCAUGUACGCUAUCUUUUGUGAAUACUAUUAUUAGUUCUGAUAUUUAAGUUAAUGUAUUUAUGUUUGCAUUUGUGUAUCUAUGUCACCAAAGACGUUAUUUAUCACAUACAGUGUUUUCUCACACCUCAGAGAGGCGUCUUCUGGGUAUGAAAAAAAGAUUAUAUUUUGGAAAGAUGAUAAAAUUAGUCUGUCACACCCAUACAAUGUUCUUUUUUGUUUGUGAAAUAAAGCACUACGUAGUAGUGAGAUGAAAUCUGA